AUAUGACAUUUGGAUAGACUGGCUCGCGGCAGGUGUUGAAGUUUGUCCCGAGUGCUAAAAAUUGAAAGAAGCCGUUCAAGUUCAUACUGACGAAAGUCAGUAUGGCAGAAGAACAGGGCUUAUCAUGGCAAGAAUACUUAGACGUCAGAUUGGUGAAGGAAAGAGUUUGGACUGAACAAAGAAUGGAGGAGAUCCGGGCCCUCCUUUGUAAAGAGAUGGAAUGGAAGGUUGUGAAUGUCCAUGAGUUAUGGGAAGCCAAGGAGAUGAAACGCAGAGAGAAGGAAAAGAAAAAACAGGAAGAUGAGAAAGUUGUCAAAACUUGUCAAGAAAACAUGAAGGAGAAGUGGACCAGUGAGAAGAUGAAAUGGGAGGAGAAGAGGAUACAGGAGAAAGAGAGACAACUCGAAGAGGAAUGGAAAAAGAUGGAAGCAGAGAGAAGCCAAGUGGAAGAAAUGAAGAUGAAUGAGAGAAUUGACCUGGAGGUCCUCAGAAAGAGACUGAAGGAGGGAGAGGAAAAGCUGAGAGAGAGUGAGACAUUGGAGAAGCAACGAAAGAAGGUCCUUGAUGAAGAGAGAGACAGGAUGGAGAAAGACAGGAUAAAACUGAAGCAGGAGAGGAGGGAAGUAGCGGAACUGAAGGCUGAGCUAGACCAACUGCGGCUGGACAUGGAAGGGCUUCGACUGCGAGAGACUGAAAAAGUCGAGAGAGAAUAUUCCCAGAAAAAGAAAGCGCUGGAGGAGGAGAAAAGAAGGUUGCAUGAAGACAGAGAGAGAAUGAGGAAAGAACAAGAGCAACAUCUGAAGGAGUUGGAGAUUCAGAGGGAGAAACUUGAACAGAGUGAGGUAGCGCUGAAGGAGAAGGCAGCACAGAAGAAAGAGAAGUUUCUCCUUAAAAAGCAAGAAUUGGAGAGUGAGUGUCAAACAAUUGAAACUGAGAAAAAGAGAAUGGAGGAAGAACUAAAGGUGGUGCAGGAACAAGUGUAUGUCCUGAAAUCACAACUUUUGGAGGAGGAAGGACAGAGAGAGAUGUUGCGAACUCAGGAGGCCAUUAAUAGAGCAAAUCUGGAGCAAGAAUGGAGGAUGUUUGAGAUCGAGAAAAGGAGGCUGGAAGAUAUGGUGGAGACAGGGAGUAAAAAGAUGAAGACCCAACAACUGCAACUGCAGGAGGAAGAGAGAAAGAUGAAAGCCAAGAUGGAGAUGGACAGACGGAGGCUGGAAGACAAGAUAGAGAUGGAGAGGAAAAACUUAGAGAGCCAACGAUUUCAACUGCAGCAGGAGGAGAGACAGAUGAAAGAGAAGGCCACUAUGAAGAUGGAGAUAGAAAAAAGAAAGAUGGAGGAUCAAAUGGAGGCCCAGCGACGGCAACUGCAGGACGAGGAGAGGAAGAUGAAAGAGAAGGCCGCUAUGAAGAAAGAGAAGAUGAAUGCAAAAAUGAAAGAGGCUGAGGAAGAAUGUGAGAAGAUUGAGCGAGAGAGAAGAUCCUUGGAAAGAACAGUCAGUGAGAGGGUUGCCCAAAGAAAGAAAGAACUUGAGGAUGAAUGGAAAAAGAUUGACAGUGAGAGGAAGGCCAUGGAAACAAGACUUGAGAACGAAAUAAAAAAAAUAGAGAGUCAGAGACAAAAACUUGUAAAGAUGGAGAAGGAGCAUUGGCAAGAACUGGAAAAGGAGGAGGAGCGAAUUCUGGACAAGUUGAACGCUGAGAAAAGAAAGCUAGAAAGAAAGAAAAAAUGGCUCGACACAGAGAGAAAGGAACUGGAUUGUAGAUUAGAAGGGGAGCAAAGAGAGAUGGAAAUUGAAAAGGAAAAGCUGGAGGCAACAGAGAAGAGACUGCUGCACAAACAUGCGCGGAGACAACAGAGAGAUGCCAUGAGAAAAAUGGAGGUGGAGGAGGAGUGGAUGGACAUUAAGAGACGAAUAGAAUCUGAGAAAAAGACAUGGCUUAAUAAUGAUGCAAAAACAGCAAUGGAACCAGUCAGCAUUGGAAGUUGUUCUAUGGAUGCAGAGCAGAAGACCUUCUCAAGGAAACCAAAGGCUGUGAAGGGGGCAGCAUAUGAAAAGCAAAAACAUGCUGCUGAACUCUCCCCCUCGGACAGUGAUGAUGAUCCUUGGGAAAGUGAUGGGGAGGCUACUCUGGAGUACAGAAAGCCCAUACAUAACAUUGCUCUCAAACACAUAGUUAAGAAACGUCUGGAAGAGGGUCCAGUUGUGACUGAGAGAACUGAUCUCAUGCCAAAACCAAAGAAGAGUCCAGUUAAGAAAGAGGGGACUGGUCAAGACAAAAAGGAGCCAAAAUCAAAUGUUGAGAUCACUGAUUCUUCUGAAAGGUCUGAGGACAAAGGCCAUGGCACACACAGUUUGGCAUCCGCCGAAACCAAGCCAAUUGGAAACAGCAGUCAAGCUACAGGUCUAAAUUUUAACAACAACAAUGCUGCGCUGAAAAGCAUAAUGCCUUGGGCACAAGUUCAGCAGAUUGUUACUGGCGAGGAUGAUGACAAUCAUUCUCCAAUAGACAGUGAUGUGAAGUCUAAAUCUGCCCUUGUGGUGGAGACCUCGGGAAAGAAAAAUAUACCAACAAAGACUGAGGGAAUGGACAAGGACAGUGCAAUGAAACUUGCGGAAAGUGUCCCAGCAGAGAAAAGAAAUGAUGUGUCUGACCAGGAUCAUGCUCUUUUGCAACAGAAAGCCAGUGACAGUAAUUCACAGAUGAACACAAACAUUCCAAAGACCUUGAAAAAUGGCAAUGUGUGCACACCAUCCCCAAACACCAUGGAGGAGAAGCCAUCAGCAAAUGCAUUACCACCCAUGACAUCAGCUAAGAAUGAGUUGAAGGCAAACUGCAUUCAGGAUAAUACUGAUGGUCUAAAGAAAAUCAGUAGCACAGCUGUGGAAGAAAGCAUGGCACCCCAGAUACAGCCUGUCCAUGAGUCCAUGCCAUCUCCAGCCGAAAUGGUUGGAAAGCCUCCAGCAAACCCAGAGGCUCUCUUGCAUAGGGUGAAGAAUGACGAUAAUCCACAGGCAAAGACAACAACUCAACAGCCCUGGAAAAAUGACAUUGUGUCCAGGCCAUCUCCAGCCGAAAUGGUUGGAAAGCCUCCAGCAAACCCACUAGCCUUCACGACACCACAGGUCCAGGACACUGUAACUAAUAUGGAUGAGAGUGAGACUAAACCCAGCCCUCUGAUGGAGAGAAAGGAAAAGAUACCGGGAAAAGGGGAGGGAAUGGAUAAGGACAUUGACAUCAAACAUAUCGAAAGUGUUCCCACAAGGAAAGGGCAAGUGCUCACCGCUGAAGGUGAAAGAGAGGAAGAUACAGCAGAAGAGGAUGAUGAGUAUUCUCCAUGGGAGGAGAGUGAUGAGUAUGACUCCGAGGUGGAAGAGGCUAAAAUAAUCCCCAAACACAAGUAUGUUGACAAAAACAAGGAAGACAAUACACACAUGGGGAAGCCUAGCAUGCUAACUGAUGCAAAAGAGAAUGCAAAAAAACAAGCUGAAUUUCUGGAUGUGGAUGAGUUGAUUGAGGGAGAAUCAAAAACAACUGAUAAAAAUGGGCAGGAAAGGUCCUCAGAAAAGAGCCCAACAAUGAGGAUGGAUCCGCUUCCAAAGAAACCCGAGGCUCUCUUGCAUAGGGUGAAGAAUGACGAUAAUCCACAGGCAAAGACAACAACUCAACAGCCCUGGAAAAAUGACAUUGUGUCCAGGCCAUCUCCUAGAGAAAUUGUUGGAAAGCCUCCAGUAAACCCACCAGCACCCAUGACACCAGAGGCUCAAGGGUCUGUGACUCCAAUGGAGGGGGAGGAGUCCUCUCCAUGGGACAGUGAUGAUGAGAGUGAGUCUAAACCCAGCCCUCUAGUGGAGAGAAAGGAAAAGAUAUCAGGAGAAGGCAAGGCAAUGGACAAGGACAUUGAUAUCAAACAUGUCGAAAGUGUCCCUGCAAGGAAAGGGCAAGUGCUCACCACUGAAGCUGAAAUGAAGGAUGAUGAGGAACACGAUGAUGAGUCUCCAUGGGACAGCGAUGAGGAUGACUGCAAGGUCACCGCUGAGGUGGGGGAGACUAAAUUAAUCCACAGACAGGAGGAAAAAGUAAAGACGCAGGACAAAGACUGUCUUGAAAAUAAGAAAGAUAACAUGCACAUGCGGGCGGAGAAGGUGCAUAGCAUGCCAGCAGAUGUGGGGGCUGAUGAGAAACAAGCUGAUCUGGAGGUGGACUUGGACCUGCUGCUGGAGGAAGAAUUUGAGCUAAUGGAGAAAGAGAAACAAGCUACGUCCUCAGCAAGCAGUACAAACUUAAUGAAACAGGCUCCAAAGAAACUUGAGGCUCUCACGCAGACGUUGGGUGGCAGUAAUUCACAGGUGAGCACAAAAAACCCUCAGCCUUUGAAAAAAGACAGUGUGCUCACACCACUUCCAAAAGCACCAAAAAGAAAGCCAUCAAAGCAGGAUGAGUUUGAUCAAGAACUUGAUGACCUCUUGAAAGAGAUUGAUAUUGACACAGAGGGCAGCACAACAAUUCCAAGCUUUGGCAAAAGACAGGAAGUGUGUACAGGGCUUCCAAAAACGACAAAUAAAAAACCUUCAAAGCACGAUGAGCUUGACGACCUCCUGAAAGAGAUGGACAGUGACAGCGAUACACAGAAGAGCAAGAACACUCCAAAGCCCUGCAAGAAAGACAUUGUGUGCACACCAUCCCCGAAAGCAACGUUUGGAAAAGCUUUAACAAACCCAUUAGCACCCAUGGCACCACCACAGAAUAAGCUUGUGGGAAAUGGCCGUCUUGAUAAAACUUUACCUAUAAGUAAAGCAAACCCACUACCACCAUUAGCAAACCCACUGUCUUCGAGGGCAGUUCAUGGUAAAGCAUUGCCCCCUCUAAAAGCAACGGCUUCAGUUCAGUCCCCUAUUUCAUCCAUUUCAAGUUUGUCCUCUGCAAAUAUGGGAGGGCAAUACAGACCAUCUCCAAACAUGACGGUAGAUAAACCAGUGACUCCAUCAAUAAAGAUGGAAGACAAUUUUGAUGAUGAAGAGGAUGACAUUGAUUACGAAGAGAUGAUGAGGGAAAUCGAGGAGACAGAGAACAGAAUGAGGGAAAAGAGGAAAAAUAUGAAAUAAUUUUAUUACAAAUAUAUUUCCUUCUUCAGCUCCUGUCACGAUCCUCUUGCCAACCUUCAAUUCCCCCAUUUCAUCGGUGUACCAUUGCACCAACACUGUGGCAUAGAGGCAACUUGUUCCUUCACUACUGAACCAGUAUUACUUGAACGCAGGAGCCAGAUCCACAACUUCCUUAAAUGUUCAAUUCAUUAAAAAUAUAUAUAAAUAAAUAUAUUUUGUGUUUUUAA